AAUUGAUCAUUAGAUAAAAACUAAAAAAUAUUAAUUCAGUCAGUUUCAAUAAAAAGAAAAAAAAUAAAUACGUGUAAUGCAGUAGCAUUGUAAAGGUUGGGCUUGGGCAUACCCGGAUCCUACGUGUCAAGCUUAGAGUGAGAGGUUUUGUAUUUGGCCCAACAUCACAACUCCACACCGCUGCAGUGCUAUGAAGCUUCUUCCACUCUCUUCUCUUCUUGUUUUUGUUCGUACGUACGUUCAUGCUUAUUCAUACUGAAUCACUGAAUCAUGCAAGAAUAUCGAUGACAUCAAAUUUGAUCUCACCCCAACAACACAUGUAUCGAGAUCUCUAUCAACCAGCACUUGUAAUCGCAGCCUGCUUUGUUGUCGUCGCUCUGCUUCUCUCCACUUUCCUCAUUCUACAGCAUCUCAGAUCCUACUCUAAUCCACCGGAACAAAAGUGGAUUGUUGCGGUUCUUUUUAUGGUCCCUGUUUAUGCUACCGAGUCGAUUAUAUCAUUCUGGAAUCCCAGAUUUUCGCUUGCAUGUGACAUCCUAAGGAACUGCUAUGAAGCGUUUGCCUUGUAUUCUUUUGGAAGAUAUUUGAUUGCUUGUCUCGGUGGUGAGAGAAGAGUCAUUGAACUACUUGAAGUUGAAUCAAAAAAUCAGCUGGAUGAACCUCUAAUAGAAGGAGAAGAAAAGAGGCCAAAGUCUCAAAGAACACUUUGGAACUUUCUCCUUAAGCCACGUGUUCUCGGACAAAAAUUGCUCACAAUAGAAAAGUUCGGUCUCGUUCAAUAUAUGAUUCUGAAGACGGCAUCUACAUUCCUAGCAUUUAUAUUGGAGCUUUUUGGAGUUUAUGGUGAUGGGAAAUUCAAGUGGUACUACGGGUAUCCAUACAUAGCAGUGGUACUUAACUUCAGCCAGAUGUGGGCAUUAUAUUGUCUUGUCCAGUUUUAUAAUGUAACUCACGAGCAACUGAAACCAAUAAAGCCACUGGCAAAAUUCAUCAGCUUCAAGGCUAUAGUGUUUGCCACUUGGUGGCAAGGUGUCGGUAUUGCUCUAUUACGUGAACUUGGAGUUCUGCCGGAGGGGAAACUAGAAACAGAACUACAGGAUUUCUUAAUUUGCAUAGAAAUGGCUAUUGCAGCUGUGGCCCAUAUAUUUGUUUUUUCGGCUGAACCAUAUCGUCACAUACCAGUUUCUGGGUACCGUGGAGUCACCAUAGAAACAGUCAAAGGGGUAGUCGAGGUCGAAGAAGGGGAAGAUAAAAAACCAUUGGUCGAAAGGACAGAAACUCAUGUGGAGGCUCCUGGAACUAGCGUGACCGAGAGCGUUCAGGACAUAGUACUUGAAGGUGGUCAACGAGUUGUUAAGGAUGUUGUAUUGACCAUAAACCAAGCAAUAGGGCCGGUCGAGAAAGGCGUGGCAAUGAUACAAGAGACCUUUCAUAAAAGAACUGUAGGUUCGGAUGAAGAUGAAUCAGAUGUAGAGAUUGAAGAAUACGUGGAAGAAAAUCUUGCAGGAAAUGAAACCAUCAAAGUCUGAAACCGUGCAUGCAAAUCACCACCACAUUCUUCUUUAAUGGAUAAGCUAUGGAUUGUGAUUCUGAAUUGUUAUCAGGUCCGACCUAAGGUUUAAUAAGGAAGUAAGGCCGAUGUGAAGGCUGCAUUAGAGACGAUCAAGAAGCGAGAAUAGUAAGCGGUCGAAUUACAAUAAAUCUGUGGACCUGGCUGACAUGAAGAAGAAUAAGCACAAAAACGAUAAACUGAGAAUAGGAGGUAGGAGGAAGGAGCAGAGGAGCCAAAAGUAGAAAUGUGGAGGGAAAAAGAGAGAAUCGAGCUAUUCAGAGGGGAGGAGGCGAGCGUGGGAGUUCUGUCGCGAGUUUCCUUGCCUUUUUAACUGUUGGGAAUAGAAUGCAAUGUUUUUUUUUUUUUUUUAGGAUUAAAAUACUAUUUUGAUCUUGUACUCGAACUUUGGUUCAUGAAACAACUUUGGUUCAAUUUAGUUUCUCUACUUUCAAAAUAUUUAUUUUAGUAUUUGUAUUUUUAAGGGAAAAUUACACUUUUGGUCUCUGAGGUU